AUGAACGAGCGUGCUGCAGAGAUAAGGAGAGCGCGAGAAAGUGCUGUCAAGGAGAAAGAUAACGAAGUCAGACAAGUGGUGAAAUUUAAAGAAGAAGAGGUCAAAACGAUGAAACAGCAAAUUGCAGAGGAGAAGGAGAAAAAUCGGAGCGCUGAAGAAGAGUUGAGAAGAGUCUUAGUGGAUAAGGGUAAGGAAGGAGAAGAUCGUUCGGAAAUUGAACGAAAAUUACGAAGCGAAAUUGCUCUGCUUAGGGACCAAAAACAAAAGGCGGACGAAAUGUAUCGUUUGAAAGCUGCAGACGACAACGAGAAGGCCGAAAUUAUACGACGCUUAAAAGCCGAGCAUGAUGUGGAGCUUCAGAAAUUUCUAAAGGACUCGAAACGCGAAUCAAUCCAUAGUUUGCAGCAAAGGAGGUUAACUGAAAGAGCUUUGGAGGAAAAGGCCCACGAACUCGCGUUCAAGGAUCACUUAGCAAGGAAACUAGAAGCUGAGAAAGAUGAUUUACAGAGAAGGUUAUCACACUCAGGCGAUUCGGAAACUUUACGAUGGUCAAGUCUACGAACGGAUGAACGAUUGGAUGAGAGUGUAAGUAAAAUUUUAAUUUCAGAAUUUGGAGGCUAAGUAAGAGAAUACAACCCUUUAAAACUAGGUUAUCUUUUGUCAGUUUUGGAGUGGAUUUUAAUCGCUUAAUUAAAAUUAUGCUUUCCUUCUACUCUAUCGGCAAAGUGUAAAUUAAAAUCCAUACAAAUUUCAAUUGUCCCUGUCUUAACAAUAUUAUAGAAAUAAGCUUAUUCUUUUUCGGCCAGAUUUUAAUAAUAUUUAUGUCUGGGGAUCAGUACUGGUGGUGUAGUUAAGCUCGUGAUAUGUAAUACAUUGUUUUUCCUUCCGUUAGCGAUGUAUCAAUAUAGCCGUAGUAAACAUGUAUUUUCUCAUUGUGCAAAUGGGAUUAGAGAGGGUCGUCGAUUGAUAGGAAGAUGGCAGUGUAGCGUGAAUAAAGUAGUUUAUCGUGAUCUUAAGUCGAAUUUUUGUUAUAUCACUUUACAAUAAACCUUGUUGGGCUCUGAAUAUAAUCGAUCCUGCUCAAAGCAACUCUCUCCAGCUUCUAUGAUUACUCUGUGGAUUUCGGGUUUCUUGUUUUGGUCGUUCAAAUUCCUUUGCGACAAGCUUGUGAAAUGACCAGUUUGGUUAAAUUUUUAUCUCCUGUCAAAAAAAUGUACGAAGCACACAGUUGAGUGAGGUUUGAGAAAAAUUUCAUAUUUCCAAAGAUAACUUGAUACAUGUAAAUUUAAAAAUCCAUUAGUACAAGAUUUCUAAAACUUUUCUAGCCUUAAGAUUUGUUUACAAAGUGUGCUAACAUGCGUGAGCUAAAAUUAAAGUGUAUUGUUUCAGCAAGAUCUAUUUGCUUAAUUGUAGUAAUAAAAAACUUAAAUUUUUCGUGUAAAAAUUCACCAGAUUUAUUUGGUACAAUGUACAUGUACCAUUAUGAGAACUUUAAAUUUUUUAAUGACGCUUCAUCAAUUAUGGCUAAUGACAGGCUAAGAACUAAUGUGUACAGUGUAGUGCACUGAUGCAAAUUUGACAGUAAUUUGAAUGCUUUUGAUUAACUUGUCUUUUUUUCUCUCACGAAUCAGUAAUAUCAUAAUCAAAAUUAGAUCUUGUGUUUCAAUAUCAUCACCUUACAAUAAUUUUCUCCAGGCUGUUAUCCAGUAUUUUCUGGCAUGAAUGUCUAAAAUGAUUAUAUUCCUCUAUUAAUCUUAAAUUGAAUAUGAAUUAUACAUUUGCCAUUAAACCUACAUGUAGCUGUUUCGUAGUUUCCAGUCAUCAGUACACUUUUAAGAAAAUUGUCUAUUCAUUGAGGUGUAAUCUGGCACCCUUUUUUGGAUGGCUGUUUAGUAAUGAGCCUACCAGAGCUGAAAAGAAUAAAUAUCAAGAACCAAUUCAACUUACAUGACUGAUAGCUAGAUUCUUGUAGCGUCAGUGUGGAGCCCCUCAAGCGAGGGCAUGUUAUUACAGUUUCUUUAUAUGUUUCCUGUCCAUUAUCUAUGGUAUAUUAUGUAACGAGAUAGAUACUAUGUUCUGACAGACUGCGACAAGUGACAACAUACCAAAUGUCCAUAAAAAACCACAUGUUUGCAAGGCAACACCAUUCUCCACGGCAUUCUCGUUGUAAAGUGACUUCUAAACUGAAUGCGCACUUUUUCAAAAAUAUGAGACAAGUAUCCUAGCAGAUGAGGUUGGUUCAGUGGCCACAGGCAAAGUCUUGAAAUUUUACAGUUAUGGCUCAGGUAUUGUUGAAAAAUGACAGGAAACUCUCUUGCCAAGAUUUAGCAUGCAAAUGUCAUUAAUGUCAUGUAAGUUUCCAUAUACUGUAAUAACCUAAAAAGUUCAUCCAAGUGUUUUAUUUUUCUUAACUGACUUAUUUUUGCAUGGCUUUAACCGUUUAAUUGAGUUUUGUUUGGAUCUUUCUUUGACUUACAGCCUCUUGCAAAAAAGGACAAAGAAAGAGAACUAAAAAAGAGAAAUGCUGAACUGCAAUCAAAGGUGGAAAGCUUGGAGAAGAAGUGUGCAGUAUUAGAGGUAAUAGCAUCACUGGCAUGUUUUGCACCAGUUUGUAUAUUUGGAAAUUACAGAUUGGUAAAUUGAGACUUGUGAUAAUUUACUCCCUUGAAAUAUCAUUGUAACACAACAUGGAAAGAGAUCGAUGCUUCUUGGUGUUACAUGUAUUUUCCUUUUUCUUAUUCUUAAGUUUUUAAACAGGUUUAAGUGCUUUUGAUUGAGUAUCCAGGUAACUAAUAGGCUGUAUUGUUUUAGUGUAUGUAGUUUUUGUCAUCCCUGAACAAUUUGAAAUUUUUGUGACUUUUCUUGAAGGCUGAAAUUAUCAGGGGUCAACUGCACUGAAUUUCGAUUUCAUAGACCUUUCCUGCUUUCUUGUGCACAAAGGCACUAUCUCAAAGCUUGGGUGGACAAAAGUACAAUAUUCAGUGAUUUGUAUGAAAUUGUCUACCUGACCCUCAACCUCAUUUCUUUGUGUUUGCCCACUGGAGUGGAACAUGGGAAAGGUCUAUUGUCUCUCCCACCCCUACUUAAGAACACCAGAGUUAACAUAUCAUGAAGCAUUAAUUUCUUUUGUAACUGUCUCCUUAUAAAAAGUACAAUUAUACGUCAUGUUGCUGAGAUCUUCAUAAACACUACAGUAAUUUUAUGAUGUGCUCUUUCAUUACUGAACAUCUUGAAAAAGGAACAUGUUGUUUCAUUUAUUUAAGGAAUGCAUUACAUGUGCAGUUGUUCUUUUUUGUGCAGAAAGAGGCUUCAAAGAGUGGAAACUUAAAAGUGACUUUUAUGGCUGAGGAAAAAAUAAAGAAGCUUAAGAAGAGGAAUUCAGAACUUGUGUCCAUUGCUCGCCAGCUUGAAGAUAAGGCAAAGAAACUACAGGAAGAAAAAGUAACUGCACAGGUAUGUUGCUCACUCUUUAAAUAUUGCCUAAAAUAUUAGUGGAAAAAGACAUGAAAUGUAAGAUUGAUGUGAGUAGAAUUCUUUUCUUUGAAGGGGCAUAAUAUGCUUGUAUUACUAUUACUAAUCUUUAUAACAUUUUUAUUUUUUAUACAAUUCCUUUUAUGAUGUGAUAUUUUUGCUUUUUAUAUUGUAGAUUUCAAUUCAAUUUUUUUUGUAGUAUAUUAUAGUUUUUCAUUUUUUAUAUUGUAGUUUCUAACAGGUGAAGAGCCACUAGGUGGAUACACUGUUAAUAAACCAUUAUUAUUAUUAUUAUUACUAGAGGCGACUUUUUUAUCAGAGUUUUGAAAGGCAAUGUUUUGUCAUUUCUUUUCGCUGAUGAAGCUUCUGCAAUAGAUGCAAAAGCUCCAAAUUAAAAAAUAAUAAAGCAUCCAAAGAAAAGAAUUUCACGCACUUUAAUCAUCUAAAAUGUCUUUCCUUGUAAGCUUUAACUGUUGUCAAGAACCUUUUUGACCCUCUCAGGGCUCGACGUUGCGACCCGUGGGGUCGCCAAUGCGACCAGCUUUUACUCAGUGGCGACUAAAUUUUCAUGCCUGGUCGCCAACCUGGCCCCCAAGAUAGGUGACUUUCUUUUUUGGGUAAACGUACACUAAUGAUAAUUUGUUAUCCUUUACACAACUAACGGAUAGCUAACGGUUUUUCUAACGCUCUAACGUUUUGCCCAAACGCUCUAACGGUUUGUCUAAACGUUUUAACGAUUUGUCUAAAGACUUUAACGAUUUCUUCCAACACUCUAAUCUACGUUUACUUGAAAGAGGAUUGUGAAACGAAUGAAUUCGACGGAAGACUUUAAUCGACUUUCGGACAAAUCGAUCGCAAUUCUCAACAGAUCAUCCCGUGUUUCUCCGGGAAUGACUUAAAGCGCAUUGGUAUUUAAAACAAUUUCUUUAUGUCGAACAUGUAUCUCGAUUGCGGACUCGAUAACAGAUUAGUCUGAUAAAAGCUCAAGCUAAUCGAAGCUAAUCGAGAACGAAUGGCGCUUACUUCUCGAGCUUCGCAAUUCUUGUAAACAAGUUUACGCAAAUUUCUGUUGAGCGUGACGACGCAAAUAAAAGCUCUGCCGUAUUUUAUUGACUUCUAAUUAAGUAAAGUUGAAGUCAUGCUCUUUGUCUAACAGACUUCUCGCGAAAUCAACUUCUUUGCCCGAAAACAUUAGCAACGUUUCCUCUUUCUGGUCUUUCUGGAGACUUUCGAUCACGUGUUAGGCAACCGCGCAAUAGAUGAAGUUUCACCGAUGUUCAGUUCUGAACAUGCAAAUACAUGGGACGCAAAACAAAUUUUGCAGAUUUUGUUCUUUCAUAACCCAAAUAAGUUUUUUUGUGAUUCCUAAAUUUUGUUUUUUUAAUGUGUAUUCCAUUUCCUGAACCUUAAGCUUGAAUACCUGUUUGAGGAGAUUUACGCUUGAGUGCGGAUUCAUUUUACAGAACACCGGCUGGUAAUCGAGCGUCAGCGAAAACCAUUCGAAAGAAAGUUCAAAGGAAGUCUAAACCAUUCAUUUUCUGUUAAGGCUAAGUUAAAGAUGUUAAGUUUAUUUUAUCCCAUUAGUUCUUAAAUAUAAUUUUUGGCGACUAGAAUACUUGUUCUGGCGACCAAAAAUGAAAACUUGGGGGCCAGUUGGCCCCAAGAUUUUUUUCUGAAAGUCGAGCACUGCCUCUGUAACUUUGAUGUGAGAGAACAAUAAAUACUGAACCUCCAUUUACAGUGAUGGAAAAAUGGGUCACUGCAAACAGAAUUGUUAUUGACAGUUGUACAACUUUGACCAUUAGAUUUUAUGAUUCUAAACAUCAUCAUCAUCAUCAUUAUUAUAAUCAUCAUCCCUGCCAUGAACAGGGUCUGAAAUUGCGACCAGCUGGUCGCCAAUGCGCCUAGAAAUUGAGGGCUGGUGACCAAAAAUUCAUGGCUAGUUGCCAAUAAACUAAAAAGUUUGGUACAGCAGUUUGAGAAUCGGAGGAUUUUCCGUAUUUGUUCAAACUCAACUUAUGUUUUUAUCCUGCCACCAUGCAUCACACAACAGUUAAUUGUUGCAUUGUUUUAAAAUGUCUUGUGCUUAGAAUGGUUGAAUGGCUGUUUUCGUGGCCACCAUAUUGUUCACAGCGGUUACCUCUGACUGAUGUAAGCUUGAGUGUAUUUUAUACACACUCGCUUUUCUGCUCGACAUAAAGAUUUAUUAAAAUCAAUUUUUCUGGUGCUUUGCAAACUGUGCAAAGUUUCCUUCAGUUUGGUGACAAAGAAGCUGCUAAAGAUUUUUCAUAGGGUAGAUUUAUCAUGGCUUUCAGAGGUGAAAGAAGUUGAUCUUGUCAAGUUAAGAAAAGAAGAACGGUAACAAUGGCUUCUGUCUUUAAGCAACAGAAUGUGACUCGUUUUUCCAUCACUGUUGUGGAAGAAAAGAAAGUUAUGAAAUGAAGAACGAACAGAGGAGCAGAGGAGCUGCUGGUUAUAUUUACCUUUAUGGCCUAAAUUACAGAACAAAUUCCUUUUUCUCUUUGAAAAGUAAUCAUAGCCUUCUCCUUACCGUCUUUGUUAUUUUAUUUAUCUAGAAAUUAGCUGAAGAAAACAAUUCAAAUAAUACUGCUGGGGUGGAGCAUGUGAAGAAGAUGUAUGCCAGACAGAGAGCAAAGGAUCUUGCUGAGCAUGCAAAGUCACUCAUGUCCAAGGAAAAGGAACUGGAAGACUUGAAAAAGCAGCUAGUUUCACAACAGAAUGACCAAGUCCUGCCGGUUAGUUUCACUAAAGAUGUUGAGAAGAAAUCUAUUUACAGUGGAAUCACAAUUGUCUCAGACCCCAGGUUUUGGAAAUCUCCCAAAUGUCAUUCAUUUUAUGCUGACUUUUUAACUUCUCAAUAUUUCAAAUCAAUGCUCUCCUUUUCCUCGGUAGGUUUGGAAUAUUAAUUUUGAUUCCAUUGUACCUUGAGCAUGAUUUGCAAAGCCUCUGUAAAGCUCAUGCAGUAUAAAGGCGGGGGACAAACGUGAUUGUUUUGAAAUUUUUGGGGGUGGAAAUUUACAUGUUAAAUCUGCACUGAUGACCUUCAUGAUCAAUUAUAAAUCUAAUUUAUUUAAUUCUACCAAACGUCCAUUGUUCUGAGAAGAUGUAACUGGUACCUAUUGUGCCAUAAUAAGUCUUAUGUAACUGAAUGUUUCUUACCUCUUUUUAGCCCGAUGACCCUCUGAAAUGUUGUUGAAAAAUGCAUUUGAAGCUAGUCAAGUAGUUUUGUGAUCACUUUCUGAUUUAAAGCUAAACAAGUGGUUUUGUAAUCACUUUCUGAUCAAAAAGAAGCAAACAUGUACAUUUACCCAAGACCUUGUUGCCCUACACGCUGAGCCUAAUAGACUGACUUUUGUUUGUGAUGUAAUUACAGGUUUUAAAGUAACUGUUCAGGCAUGUUCAGAUGGCAAAUUUCAUUUCAUUUCCUUUGAUUUGUUCUUUUUGCUUUCUCUCUUCUUUCAUUUCCCUGUUUUAUUAUGGGAACUUACUAGACUUUAUUUGAUAGGCAAAUGUUUCACAAAAAUGCCUUGGAUAGUAAAUGUUUUUAAAAGAGGUACAAGUGGAGACUGGAGCAAGAUUUUUGUUGGAAUGUUCUGGUUAAAUGUACAUGAUAUUUUGUGCUUUUCUUUAGCGUAUUGAAUUAACUGUGUUUGUUAGGGUAUGGUUUGAAAGAUCUCUUCCCUUGCGCAAGCUAGGUGUCAAAAGUGUCGGUGACUUUUAAAAUUGAUGACGUCACAAGUGGUCCAAGGGAUGUGGCUGCACACAGGGUAUUGCAAGUAGCUGAGAUGUGAAUUCAUCUUGGAAUCUUCACCUCUUAUUUCAUAAGCAAAACAAUGCCCUUUUUAUAAGGACAUCCAUUAUAAUUAUUGGAAUCUCCUUUGAAGAUUGAUGGAUUUUAAUAUUUUGUCAUUUUGAAACGAUGUUUUCCGUUUUCAUCUGGUGGUUAAUAUUGAUUACUGUUGAAAAUAUCAUUCAGUUUCCUUAAGAGACCAGUAUUGUUCAGUGUGGUAGCAUCAGUCCAAUAUUGUAUCCUGUGGUAUUUUAAACAUGUUACAAAAUACAACUGGUAGCAGGAAAAAUAACAUCUGGAAUUUCGCUUCAUGCAUGGAAGAUCAAAGUGUGACAAUGGUGAAUUUGCUAGGUGAUAUUACUACUUUCUAAAGAUAAUCAUUUCAUGGCCAAUAGGCAUAUUAGGUUAUUUUUACACACAAACCAAUCAUCGUGCAACUUGCUGGCCCAAUGUGAUCUAGUUAUUAUAGUUCAAAACAAGGGAAAGACAUGUUAAAACAUCGCAGGAGAGCUCGACAAAAUAACCAUGUUUUGUCUAAAUCCAAGAGUGAGGUAUAAAUUGUUUUCUUCUUUAAUGUCUUAAUGAUAAGUAAAGUAAUCACAGUUAUUUAUUUUCCAAAAGGAAAUUGAUUUAAUUUUCUUUGUCACAAAAUGCAAAUUGCUUUAAAUAUGUCUUAUUUUUAAAAUCAAAUAAAAGCUUCAUGUUAAGUGUAUUUCGAGCAUCCAUUAAGGAGAUUUGUUACUUCUAAUAUACACUGACGUUUCAGUUGUAAAAACUUAGUAAUUAUAAGUGAACAGACAUUAUUCAUGCAUGUAUGUUUUCUUUUAAACUACCAAUAUUAAUGCUAUUCAUGUAAGUGCUUCAGCAAAAGGAAUCUUAGGACUGUGAAAUUUUGUAAAUUUUGUCACAGUUGAAAGCUGCCUGCCAUGUUCGUAUUAAGCUUUUACUUAUACCUCAGGCUUUAGUAUUUAUACUUUGUCAAAGAAAAAAUUAAUUCAAUGAGACCCUGAUUUAAGGUAAUAUUGAGUUGAAUAUUGUAUAGAUAAACAUUUCAUCCAAAAGGUAUCACUUAGGUUUGAAUAAGUUUUUAUUGAUCUCUGUCACUUUCUUUGUCACCCACCUGACAACAUAAUUUAUAUUUUUGUUACACAGAGAAAGGAUACAGAGAAUAUGUGGACUUUUGGUUUAUUUUUUAGCAGAUACAGUGAUGUUUUUUUGCUUUUUUUGUUGUUGGAGCAUAAUUACAGAAAACUGUAGAAAGUUUCCAACUUAGAAAAAGUGAUCUCUGUUCUGUGAAGAUUAGAGUAAUCUCUUUGUUGCCUAUUUAGUUUGUGUAGUAAUUUACUUGUCUUGAAUAAAUGCCUACCCUCAUUAUUGAAGAUUCCCUCCUUUCAAAUAAAUCUUGCUGCAUUUAUCCCAUAACUUUUUACCACUUAUUUACACUUCUGGCCUCAGUUGUUUAUCAGGCUGAUGGCGUCAACCACACUGUUAGACUUGGGAUAGCAGCUUUCAACCUUUUGGACAACUGGGACCAGAUCUGUAUAAAUUAAUCUGCCCACUGCAUGAACUCAGGAAACUGGUAAUGUAGGAAACAAACUACCUGUAAAUUGCUGCCUGGUUUCACAUUAAUUCAUAUUUCAUGUCCUUUUUUAAUCUUAUGUUUGUAGAAAGAAAAAGUUGAAGAGCUUCAGACAAUCAUCAGACAGUCAGCUAAAGAGAGACUUUGGUUGGAGAGACAAGUUUCAAACAGUGAUUUGUCUCGCUCACCCAGUCCGUAUAUCUCAUCUGGGGAUUUUACAGCCGAGAUGCGAAUAAAGACAGAAAGACUUGACACUGUAGAAGCUGAGAAUAUAAAACUGAAAUUGUCAUUGGAAAACCUACAAAAAUCAGAGAGAGAGAGCAAAAAAUUGGUAAGGAUGAGUUUACUGGUUAAUUACGUGGCAACUACAUGUAAUGGUAAAGAACCUGUGUCUAUUUUAGUGAAACCACUGUCUAUUGCAUCUUGAUUAAUUUUUGCUUAGCUUCUUGGCAGGUUUGUCCUAAACUUAAGCAUGCUUUGGAUAGCUAGCUCUAACUUGUACUUGUAAUUUGGAAUCUGACUUACUGAAGUUAUUCUGUUUAAGAGCUAGGAAGUUGUUAUAGAGAUCUCUUCUUGUGUUACUGGUGUUUACUCAUUGGAGAGAAAUACAUUUCCUGAAGUUGUUUGGUAGCUUUUUUGUCACAGGACAUUACUCAUUUGUAGAUCUAAGCUGUGGUCUUCGCAAGUAGUAAUAAUAAUCACAACAUUCAUUCUCUUAUGAAACACUCUCUGUCUUUAAUCACUAUCAUCAAUGUUGCACAUAGGUGACCAUUACUAGAUUCUGUGUAUGUACAAUACCUAGUAUGUUAUUUAAACACUCACCCCCUUAAUGAGUUUGCUGGUGGUGCCUUUUUUCAUUAAAUAUUCAUGACUAAUAGACAAGCUGUUUGUUCAAAUUGUGCAUGUUUUAAAAUGCUAGUUUGGUUUGAGCGAAAAAUAAUGAAGGAUGCAAUCUUUGCAGGCAGAUGAUCUGAAAGAAAAGGAAAAGGAGAAUGAGAAGCUCUUAAAUGACUUGGAAGAAAAACAAACUAAGUGUUCUAAACUGGUAACUAAAUUGCUUUCAUGUUUUUUUCUUUAAUUAGCUGCCUUCUCCCUUUUAGGGGAGAUUCAUUGUUAUAAAUUAUUUUUGGCUGCUCCAUUGUCAAGUAUGAAGAAUUCUUGUGAAUGAUGCAGUAUUGAUCUGAAAUGACGGAGAAGCAUUUGCCUUAACUGAAUGACUUCAUGUAACUACAUGUUAAUGUUGAAAUUCAUUUUAAACUGUUGUAUUUUGAUUCCGCCAUUUAAUCUCAAAAUUUCUUGUAACAAAGCAGAUAACAAAAUACAGAAAAAGUACCACAUGUGUAGUCAAGGUGAACUUGCUAUGUCUUGCUGGAAUGUUUUUCAUUUCGUGAGUUCUUGUUCAAACUCAGCAAGCGGCAACCAAACAGUGUGAUUAUUAGAUCCAAAUAUAGAAUCAAGGAGGGAAGAGGCUUGAUCCCCAGCACUUUAAUUCUUGUCUGUUUAUCCCUUUGUGUGAUAAAAAUAUAUUAUAGCACCAUUGGUAACUGUUGAUUUUAGUGGUGUAUACGAUUAAUCGAAUUCUCAAUUAAUCGUGAUUAUGACCGUUCGUUUUGAUUCACGAUUCUUUGCUUCCACAUUUUGAUUUUGGUUCGAUUAUUGCACACCUUUUUCAGGGUGCCCUUAGCGAGUUAUUAGAUUGUAAUAUCGGAACACAGAAUGCUUUAAAUUGUGCGUUUAUGAUUGACAAGCAAAGACGAUAGCAUUUCGUGCACCACUUUGUGUUGCCUGGUAAAAAUGCUGUCCUUCAACCACCCCUUGAGAAUUUCCAAAUAAGGCAAACUAUGUGCGACAGGCUCUUUGUCAGGUUCUCAAACGUGGUAACGAACCAAGCGCCUGUGAAUCCUCUUGUCCCUGCUACUAUUCUCAAAUUGAGGGUUUAGGGUUGCAUGUUGUUUACAUUAUGCGUCAUGUUAUAAGCAUUAAGAAUCAUUUACAUAAUCGAAUCGAAAUAAUCGAAAUUGAAAUCAAAUCGAACCGCAAGGAAUAUGAAUCGUUACACCCCUAGUUGAUUUAAAGUGUACUGUUUUGAUGAAGUGGUUUUAAAAUAAUCGUCAAGUAGUUACAUGUACCUGUUAUUAGUUUAAUUUUCAUCUGAGUCUAGUUUUUAAUUUGAUCAGGGGGGAAGUGUAAGUGACUUCAAAAUGUAGCCCUUGAAUCUCUUUUAAAGUUACGUCUUCUUGACUGGCCCUUUGAUCAAGAAAUUUCUUGCAAUGCCAGAGGAAUUCUAAUGAGACGUGUCUGCCAUAUAAUUGAUAUGAAUGGGAUUCUAUAGAGGUGGGGUCAGUUAGAUCAAGAAGUAUUUAUAUGCAGAAGCUCUUAGUCACGGAGCUUUGGCUGUAUGUAUUAUUAGUUUGAUAGCAGUGAGCUGUCGUUUGACAAUGUCUUCCAUAACAUUGGUCAGAGUUAAACUUUAAAAGAGAAAGGCCAGGUCAUCUAGACUUCAAAAGUGAAGGUGAUGUUUAAUGGAACAAAAGCAAUCAUGAAUGAUGCAGUCAGAAUCGCUACUUUUUUUGCCUUCUUAUCCAUUCCACUGUCUCUCUUUGCAUAUAUUUUUAACCAGGAACUUGAAAGGGAGAGGUUUGCAGCUAAGUGCACUAUGCUCCAGAAAAAGAACACAGAGAUGUCAAAGAAAAUUUCAGAACUGGAAGAGGUAAUUAGUUUAAAUUUACAGGCGCAAGGUCACGCACAGUACAACUGUAUUUUUGAUUCUUACAAGUGACAGUGCAAAAUGAAAUUUGGGUUGGCGCAAGUACUUGCGGGUGUGGGUACUAGUGAAAAUCACCCUUUUCUAUAAUUACAGCAAUGCAACAUCAAAGUGACUGGCAGAAUGUCUAGUUUUGGUGACAAGGCUGACAAAAUUGAAUUCUACUUUUUUAGGUCGAAGAGGAAGUUGCCAAUCUGAGAGAGAAACUUGAAGUGUCUGACAUGAAAAACAGUCUUCUUUCAGAAGAAUGCAACAAGAUGAAAAGCCAGUUAGAAGGGCUGUUACAUGUCAAGGAGGUGGGUAUUUUUGUUGGUAUUGCAGUAAUAAGCAAACUCUAUAUUCUCUAUAUAGAAUUAUUAUUGUACCUUGUUAUGAAAGAUUAGGAAUGGAGAGACAGAGUAGAGAAACAGUUGGAAUGAAUAAUCAGCAAUAAUCUGAUUUGGCUCUUGUAUGAUAUGAAGAAUAUUAUGCAGAUCGGGGGUGGGGGGGAGCUGUAACAUUUUACAAAACAUUGUCUGUUCCUUGGCACUUUCAGAAAUUGAAGGGAUGUUUAUUCAGCCAUCUGUUUGUUGCUCCACGUCUACACAAGCAUCAUUCUCUAUGACAAAAUUUCCCUUUGAUAUUUUAAGAAUUAAAUGGAUUUGCAUCUCUGAGCUUGCCCUGUUGUUCUCUUUCUAGGAUCUGAAGAAGAUGGAGGAGAAGAAAAAAGUUAUAGAAAAAGAGCACAUGACAAGCAUGGAAAAACUCAAAGAACGAGAAGAGGAAAUAAGGCAGCUUCACAAGGUGACAUAACAUUAAAAUAACAAGGCUUAAAAAAGUCCUGCAUGUUCGUCAGGGACAAGUGGAUAUUUUUUGUGGGCAAGUAAUAUUUUAUGCUGACUUGCUUGAUGGGCAUGGUCCAGGGAAGUAAUCUUUUAACCCUUUAAGCCCCAGUAUCAACAUUAUUACAAAUUCUCCAAACUGAUCUCCAUACAUUUCCUUAAAGAAUUAGUUGAGAGAAUUUGAUAAUAGAUCAAGGCAUUUUCUCUUGGGUGAUUAUAUUCAUAACGUAUCUCUUGACAGUGCAUGGAUGUUGUCAGGAGAAAAUUGAUCUUGGUCACUAUUGGGACUUAAAGGGUUAACUAAAUCAUAAACCUAGACAAGGAUAAAAUGGCCCUCAGUGAAAAUGUAAGUUUUUUUGCAAGUCCUGAUAGCUGAUAAUGUUCUGAUUACACACUCUACACUGCAGUCUCAGUUGACUAAAUUGACUCUUGAUAUUAGCCAAAUUUAACAUUGGCGACAAAUUCAAAUUCUGUUUUGUUUUUUUCUCUUAAGUCAAGUUUCCUUCAAAGAUAGUACCGGUAUUUUGAGUUGCCUACACCUGUUUUCUGUGCUUAGCACUGCAUGUGCUGGCCACUUCUACUUCCAAAUCUAAUCAUUGCUUCUUGGAACUUUAGGAUCUGCUGCAUCUUGCCUACGUUCUUGUGGUUAUUCCCAUUUAGAUUCUCUGAUAGUUAGGUUAUCAUUUUACCAACAUUUUCACUUGCUCUUACUCAGAUCCAGGAAGAGGCCAAUAGGGCUCAUGAGAUGGCUGUGACUUCUCUGGAGGACACUGUGCGCAGUCUGGAGCAGAAGUGCAUUGAUGCCGAGGAGAAUAAUAUCAACCUUAAGAAAGAGGUGGAGGAGCUAAGAGAGUUGGAAAAAGCACAUAUCAGGAAAAACCAAGAAAGAGGCCACAAAUCUACUCAAACAGCAAUCAGAGGAAAUGAAAUUGUGAUUGGAAAUGAUGGUAAGGAUUAACAGCAAAAAUUGAUUUCUAAACACAACCCUGUAAGCCCCUACAGUGUACAUGCUUAUGGUGCUAUUGACAAGAUUUUGUUCUAGUAUCAACUAAAACAUUAUUCUCUUUGGUGAUAAUUUGCCAAUGAGAAAAGUUGAAGUUUGAGUUCCCCUCCCUCCUCUAUUUGCUGCUUUAAACCCAUUUUGCUUAGGCACAGUCAUGUACAUGUAAAUGUACAUCUGUAGUGUCUAUUAAGAUUAAAAAGUUAAACAUUAUUUAUUUUUGAUAGCCAUUGAUAUCUUAAUUUAUAACAAUCCAUAGGUAAGCCCAUUCAUGAUCAUCCUUUGCAUGAAGAAAAACCUCAGACACCUCAGUCGUCAUCUCACAAACUUUUAAAUCAAGCAUCAGGAGGGCUAUCAUCCCACAUUGCCCCCACUAAGUCAUCCACCUAUGAAUCAAAAGUUGAAAUGUCACACACAUCUCCUAUGAAACAACCCCUAAGUGCUUCCGAGGCAAGCCAGAAGCCUGAGACUGGGGCUGCACCAGGAACAGAAGAUCUGUUGGAUGUAUUAGCUUCUAGAAUUGACCAGCUGGCAGCUUCUGAUAGUGAGGAUGACAUUUUUAGUGGUAUGUACAAAUUGACUGUGUUAUGACAAUUUAAUCCCAAUCCCAAUCCCAAUCCCAAUCCCAAUCCCAAUUACCCUGUAUAAAUCGUACAAUCUAAGAGAAAGUUAAAAACUAAGAAAAACGUUGUUUUGGCAUUCGAAAGGGUCAAUAUUAUUGUUAGAGAAAAUAGCCACUGAAGUUCAGGGUUCUCUACUGGGGUUUUGUUCAUGUUUUGAGGAUUAUUCUAACAAAUGAAAACUGCACCCACUUACUGUAGUACAUGAAGCUUGAACCAUAGAGUUACUCAUCCCUGUGUGGCUACUCCCACAGCUAUUACAUGAAAUAUAAAAAUUAUAACUUGCACUUGCAUCCUACAGCUGUGCAUACAAAAGGUUUAGUUUGGUAACUGUUCCUUGCAUCUUACAACAUAAACACUAACUGUUGAAAAUGCCACAGCUUGGCAGCAUUACCGUGAAACACAGGUCACCAAAUUGGUGACUUUCGCUACAAUUUUAGUCACCAAAUUUAUUUUCUACUUACCAUGACGACCAAAACAUUGGUAGCUUGGAAGGCUAUACAUUUAGAUAGAAUAUUAUUUUCCAUUGUUGGGUUUGGAAUUUGAAAGUUGUAGUCAGUUUCCACUUUGAUUGCUGUUAGGAGCAAAAUGAUCAAUACUUAUACAUCUUUGACCUUAUUUCUUAGAAAAAGCAUAUGAAGAACAACAGAAGGAAUCUGAUGAGGAUAAAAACAAGCCUACAAGGCCAGAUCUAGAUCUUGAAGACUUGUCCAAGCGCAUCAGUCAAGUGGCAGUCAGUGAUGACACAAGCUCGUUAAGUACACGAGAUAGAGCUUGCAGUGAUGGUAGUCAAGACUUAACAAGUAUGGCUGAAGGAGAAAUGGGUGAUCUAGAAGAUAAUCAACCUGAUAGCUCAGCUCCAGAAGAUGAACAGACAGACCUUUCAGAACAGCAGCAGCCGAUUGGUGAGUGCUGUUCUUGUGGUUUUUGCCCAAUUACAACUAAAUCUCAGAAUGCCAUUAGUUACUGACAAGUUUUAUUUUGUUUAACAGGGCUGUUGGAGUACUUUUUAGAUAGGACUUUAACUUAAGUCAGACAAAGGAGGAAGGUCGUCAGGCAUACAAAAUAUUGAAUUUUGGCCCCAUUUGUUCAAAAGUUGGAUAGUGCUAUCCAUCGGAUAAAUCUCCCUCUGGUGAAUACGUAUUUGGGAAACCAAUUGCAUUAUCCACUGGAUAGAGAUUUAGCUAUUGGAUGGCGCUGUCCACCUUUUUAACCACUGAGGCCAGAUUUCUUUAUGUGGUUAUGCAGAUCUUCUGCCUUAAAAUGCAAGUCAUUCUGCAGUCAGGAUUUAGUUGCCCAACAAGGAAAUCUGCUUGUCCCAGACGACUGGACGGAAAUUUUUUUGAGCCCUGGAUUGCAUUUAGUAACCAUUUUGUUUUUUAUAAUUUAUUUACACUAGGUGUACUGAACGUUCAUCAUCAUGUUGAGUCUACAAGCUCUGACAAGCAGGUGCCAGCAGAUUUCAACAAUGAAUUCAACUCAGAGGACCAGGCAGUGGACAGCAGAUAUCUAGAGGGAGAUUUUAGUGAUGUGGAUCCAGCUAUUCUUGAGAAGCUAGCAGUGUAUAUAGCAAGAUAUAGUUAUGAUCCUUUACAGCACUCACCUAAUGAUAAUCCUGAGAUGGAGCUGGCAUUCCAAGCUGGAGAUUAUCUGUAUGUGUUUGGGGAGAUGGAUGAGGUAAGAAGAGGCCCUGGUAGGGUAAAAUUCCUGCAAGGGACAUGGCCUUGAAACAGCAACAUAAAACUAGACUAGUAAUCACCAAAGGUUAGGGAGUGCAGGGGACAAUGAUUGAAGGUCCAAAUGCUCCAAUGCUGUGCUUUGCGUAAGUUUCACGUGACAGAACAAAACGCGUGAACAGAUUACGAGUGAUAGAAGGUCCAAAUGUGCGAGAUUAAAUUGCGUUUUGUGCGUUCCAUUUAUUCUUAGUGGAAGUUCAAACGAAUGCUGGCUACAUACAUGCAACACAUGAGUAAUAACUACCUGUAGAUUAGGAUUGCAGGCUCCUCUUGUCGCCUGCAAUGAAAUGGCGACAAAUGACAAAGAGAUGGGUUGAAUACCAACAGGCUUGCUCCUCAAAAUGCGAAACGAUGGCAUUUAAAAUUUAGACUAGGGACAUAUGUACCCCACCCUAAGAGUGCCUCUAAGAGGAGUCUGUACCAUCUCUUUUUCCCUCAAUACUGUUUGGCGGGUGUCAAAAAAAAAAAAUAGAAAGCUAACUACGACAACAAGUGUGAGCGAGCAGGAUGUUAAGUGUGGUUUUCAAUAUUUAGUCUAAUAAAACUAGAAGAAAAAGGUUUAUUUUGCCUAAGUCGCUCAAGCUAUUAUAUGAACCAAUCAGAUCUCAAAUCGUCAGCAUAAUAGUUGACACCAAGCUCUAUAAGAUGUUUCUCUGAAAAUCACACUCGGUUUUGUUUGAUUGUUUUAAAAGUUGGCCAAUCACAAACUAUAGCUACACAAAGCCAAUGUACAUGUAACACUUAGUACCAAUACCCAACUAAAAACUGCGGUAGUAUCUUAUUUAAUUCUUUGUGGGACAUUCCAGGAUGGCUACUUUCUUGGAGAACUGAUGAGUGGGCAAAGAGGAUUGGUCCCUUCCAACUUUGUUGAAAAAGUAGCAGAUGAAAGCGAGAUGAACAGGAUGAUGAAUGGUACAGGAGAGGGAAUUGGUAGGAGAAAUGUCUAUUAUGGCUGUGAUUAAGUUUUAUUUUCACAUGAAGUUGAACAAUGUUACACCCUUUGAAAAGAGGCUCUGCCUGAAUCACAUCAAACCAUUAAGGUUGCCGCAGCCCAAACUUCAGGACUGGUCAAUCUUGUUCUCACUUUCGAGUGCAAGCUUCCAUUUAUUGGUCCUAACUGAGCCCGCUGUACCAAGCAUGUGGUUAUUAGGCCUGAGUUGGAAGCUGUAUCCUAGCAACAUGCUGUGCAUGCUCAACAAAGACCUUACUGGAUUCAUGCAGAGUCUUUCUCAAGUACGCCAAAAUAGAGCAAACAAAACAACGGCUCUACUGGCAGGGUGCACAUGUUAUAGCUUCAGAAGUUUGUUUCUUACAAUAUUAUGGGUUUUACUAACUUUAUUGCCCAAAAUGUGCCUGUGAUGGAUCCAGGGGAGGGGCCUGGGGGAACUGCCCCCCCCCCAUAUUUUUAGACCAGACUGAGGCCCAAAGGGUCAAAAAAAAUUUUUUUGAGACCGCCCCCCCCCCUUAAGUCAGGGUCUGGUUGACCGGGCACCCCCCUUAUCUGAAGGUCUGGAUCCGCCACUGUGUGGACAUUUCAUAUCCUUUGAAACUGACAUGUGAAUCCCUAAUUUUUACUUUUAGAUGAAAUUGUGAACAGUGACGAGGAGGAUACUGAUGGUAAUUAUUAUCUUUUGAGUUUUAGCAAAACGUCCAAUCAAAUAAAAUGCCUGACGUUUGAGUUUUUUUACUUUGUGCUAAAGCUUAAGGGUUGUUGUUAACUGUUAAAUAAGUAAUAUAAAAAGUAGUGAAUUUAAAUUUGGGAAAUCAUAUCAUAGGAUUGCAAUUUAUUUUAAAUACAAAGAUUAUCAUAAAGCUGAACGUUCUUUGUAAAUCAAGACUAGAUAUUGUAGACUAAAUUUCUGAGGAAUAUCUGAAACUUAAGUGAAAGACUCCUGGAUUAUAGGCGAUACCGUAAAAGUUAUAUAAAAUGGUAAUCAGUGGUUUAGAGUAUGGGUUUGUAUAUUCCUUCUGAAAGCUAACUUGCUUUGUCCUGUGUUUCUUGUACUUUUUUAAAGUUCUUUUACUCACAGGCAGUACGACAGUCGUUAUAAGACAUUUUGAUUAUUUUAGUGUCAUUUUAAAGCUGACUUAAAUUUGUCUUCUUGUAACACACAAACAUCAUUUAGAAGAUAGCGCCUCUGAAGAUGGCGAAACAAGCACAGAACUUGUGCUACCUGAAGAAAAUGGUGAACGUCACAUGAAGCCUGUCAGAAUGCUUAGAUUUUCCGGUAUUUACUUUGUUAGUUUAACCCUUUUCCAGCCUUUUUUGAUUCCUUGCUCCUUACUUCUUGACAAGGGCAUCGCUGACUUCGCCACAAGUUUAACUUCACUUAUUUUGAGAAUAAACGGGAAUUAUAGUGAUAACCUGUGUACAGUCGCCCCUUCCACACGCUAAAUUACCGAGUUACAGCUGCUGAAAAGUGUCUUGAUUGUAAAUCCAAAUUCGUCAAGAUAAGUUUUGGAAGAUAUUCUGCAAAUAAUCAUUCACUAAAAGGUGUUAAAAUAAAUUUUAUCUCAUGAUAAAGCAUGAAAGUUAUUAAUUCUAAAAUAUAAAACUUUUGAAAGUUGAUGAUGACUUAAAAUUGCAGUUAGACUUUUUACUGUCCGUGUGAGUUGUCUUUACGCUUGGAAAAAUAAUUUACUAAAAUUAGAAACCUUAAAAUAUCAUAAAAACCAAUGUGGUAACAUUGUCAACUUAACUACUAAAUCUAGUCAUUUGUUGGGGAAUCCGUUUGUGUAACUGUGGCGUACCCUUCCUUAUGUCACGCUAGGUAAACUUCACCGUGCGUUACGCUUGUCAGUGGAGCACAUACCUGAUGUCGGAUUGAACGACAUCAAAGAAGAAGACGAGGAAGAGAUCGAGGAGGAAAUCGAAUCGGAGGAUGACUUUGACGAAGAAGAAACUCCAAAAGUAUUGAACUUGAGUCAAGAUGGCGUUGCAAGUGAGGAAACCGACUUUGAGCCUUUCAGUAAGUCACGCAAUUGCUUUAUUGUUCCUAUUUCAACAAGUGCAUGUACUGCAACUACGAAAAUGCUGACUUAAUCGUUACAGUAAGUAAUGGCAGAAAAGUACUACUAAAUUUCUCUUAUUUGAUUGACGGAAAUCGGGGAAUUUAUUUCGCAUUGGCUUGGUUGUCUAGAACUAACUUGUGCAGCUAGCAUCAUAAGUAAUCCUGCGAUAAAGAACCACUCUGUAUUUUUGAGAAGUUAAACUCCAUGUUGCUACUAGCGGCCUUUAGUACGACGCUAAGUGCAGGUACGACUUGCGAAAGCCAAUCCAGUUAUGAUCCCAGAACUAUCAUUCUUUCCCGUUGCGGACCAGGCCCCAGUUGUUCAAAAGGUGGAUAGCGCUAUCUACUGGGUAAAUCUCUAUCCAUGGAAUAGGGUAAUUGGUUUCCCUAGUACUUAUCCGCUGGAUAGUGAUUUAUCCGGUGGAUAGCGCUAUCCAGCUGUUGAACAACCAGGGCCAGGACAUAAAAAGACGUAAAGGACAAAAACUGGUGUGACAAGUGAUCAGCCAGAUCACACGAUCUUGUCUUGACCACUCACGAUAUUUCCCAAGAAUAGAGAGGCAAAACUUUUUGUUGACGCCGUAUAUUUGUGUCGUAGGAGUUCCAUCCCCAAGACGGCUCUACCUUGAGCGCCAGUUUACACGAAGCGUGCUGUUGAGUUGGAAGCCCGCUGACCUGCCAGCUAAUCUUGUGAAAGGCUACGGUGUGUACGUAAAUGGAGACCUUCGGCUCAUGAUCAGUGGAGGGGGCAAAACAAAGGCUCUACUAGAAGAUAUUGACCCUGAAGAGGUACGGCUGAUAGUAUCCUGUAAACUUACUUUAAGUCAAAAGUAGGUUGUACAUGAUCGUGUGUAUGUCUAUGAGGGUAGUCCUGAAUUGGCCUGCUGGAGACAAUAGAGAUUUUAAACUCGAGGACGAGGGUAUCUAUGAGGGCUAUAUUUAACUUGACGUUUUUUGGCGUAUUCUCAACCCCCCCCCCCCCCCCCCCCCACCCCCCCCCCCGCUCUUUUUUUUAUGUUACCUCAAAAAAAAAAUAUUUUUUUAUUAAAAAAAUUUUUAGUUUGAAUGAGCGGGGGGCGGCGCCCCCCCCCUCCCGCGUCUUUUUUCGCCGCUCCGACUUGUGUGCUUUUUUUUAUUAUUUAAUAACUUAUACAUUUUUUUGGCGUAUUCCCAACCCCCCCCCCCCCGCCCCAGAAAGCUUCAUUGUACUUUUUAUCACCAGAAAAGUAAGCAUGAUUAUUUUAAUUGAAGAAGAGGGCUGUGCAUUGGCAGAGCCCGGGGCCCCCUGCGCCUAACUUUUGCUUUCAGGCGGCUAGAAAAUCUUAGUGUUUUCAUACAAAUCAUAAGCUGGGCACUCUAAAUUGUACAGGCUCAGAGCACAGGGCUCCCUUAAUUUUUCCUUAGUAUAGAGCCUUGAAGAAGGUUAAACCCUCUCCCAAGCGCCAAACAUUUGAUAACUAGAUUCUGUCUCCACGACACUCUAUUCCCGCUUAAACCCGUAGUAGAAUGAAGACGGCUAUCACGUUUUCCCGCCAAAAUGACGAUGGUUCACGUGUGCGCACUACUUAGUAUUGAGAAAAUUUAGUCCUCGUAGUCGCUCUCGUCUUAGAAUCCAAAGGUCUCUAAUGACUGACUUUUCAAGACGUUUCAACAACAUGUGCGUAAGUCAAAGCAUUUACAUUCAUAUUACUAACAGCGUCACUUCAUGUGACAUUGUGUUUCAGCCUAACAGGAUAUCCGUUAGAACCAUAACCUUCAAAGGAAACGAGUCAUCUGAUCGCUCAGCAGUGGUCACCAUUGGCAAAGGUUGGUUAGUUAAUGACUUGGAUAUGAAUGACUUGGUGGUGAUUGUUUAGUUGAUUGUGUUUUCCAUCCUUUAAUCAACCAUAGUCUAGAUCCACUUUUCGUUGGUUCUAAAUACAAAGCUAUUCCUUUCAUUCUGCAGAUGCUAAUCUUGCACCAAGUCACGUGCACGUCACAUGUGUAUCCCCUACGUCAGCCAAGAUUGAGUGGUCACCAGGUAACAGCUCAUUCAGUCACGAGGUUCUUGUCAAUGGGGAGCUUUACAAGACAGUACGCCCAGGAACGUUCCAGCACACAAUCACUAACCUUGAGCCAGACCACAUGUAUAAGGUGCAUGUUCGCGCGAAGAACCCCAAGCGGGUGGUGGAACACGACAGUGAAGUGGACAUUGAAGUGGAUCUUUUGACAGCAGAAGCUGAAUUCAGGACGGAACCCGGUGGUAAGUAGCUAAUUCGCCACUUCACAAACGAUAAGGAAACUGGUCUCAGUUAACUAUCCAGAUUCAAAUUCACCAAACUGAUUUCCAUACAUUUACUUAACGAAUUGGUUGAGAGAAUUUGACAAAAGAUAAUAAAAUUCUCCCUUAGGUGAUCAUUUCAAUAAUUCCCAUUGCCUUUCCUCUGGAUUCUGUAUUGACACUGUUGAGAGAAUAUUGACACUGGUCACUCAAGGGACUUAAAGGGUUAACUUUCAUAAAGAUUUCUGGGACUGUUACUAGAGACGGGGGAAAAAAUUGGCCAAUAGCUGACCUGCGCGUCCCAGAAACAAUUGCGGGACAUAUUUUCGCCCCAGUUCCCUUUCUUUUUCGAAAGUGGAGAAUUAGAUUUUAAGUAAUGCAAACUUAGCGUUGAAACAUACUGUUAGAACUUUGCGUAUUGAACUCUGCCUUGCCAUAAUGGGUUUUUCUGAGGUCAUGUAAUACUCUAAUUGGCAGAGUCUAUUAUUAUGGAGACAUGUAACCCAAAGGGUGUUUUUACUAGGGUAUUGGAAAUUUCCUAUUGAAAUCUUUUAUACUAUGGCCUUGAAUUGUGUUAUCUUGAGUCGUUUUGUUUUUAUCUUAGGUCUUCCAGAUCCUCCUUUAGAAGUGGAAGUCGCUGUAGGCCAUGCCAACUCCCUGGAUGUUAACUGGAUUCCUGUGACUAUUACGGAGAGGGGUACUUCAAACGGUGCUCGCGUGACAGGAUACAAAGUAUACAUCAACGGCUUUCCUUGCACCGAGGUCACGUCACCCACAGCAGACAGCGUGACAGCCGUGUCAUGGAUGGUGGAACGUGCGUUUAAAAGAAGUCACAGCGAGGUUCUUCGUGUUGUUGUAAGAACUCAGUCUCGCGAAGGAGAAUCUGUGGAUUCAAACGAAGUUGAACUUCCUGCGGAAAUGUUGAACUUCAAGGUGAAUAAUUUGAUAAAAGCUAAAGGCGCAGGUCCGCUUCCUAAAAGAACAGACUUGACGCCGCAAAGCUCUGUUGAAGAAGAAAACAGUCAUGACAUACAUGAUAAAGAUUCGGCCAAUGAUAGUAGGAAUGCUGAGGAAUCGAGAGAGAGAGCUGAUAGUGUAAGGCGUUACAGCCGAGGUGAAAACGGACAGCCACAUUUAGUGAUAAAGGAUGACACUGAUAGAGUGAGAAACGUUGUGCAGGGUGAUACAACGAUGGCUCAACCUCGGACAAAAGGUGAGCCUGUGGUAUGGAAAGACGAUAAUGCAGAUGAGUCGGAAGCUGCCGACAGUGUUACGAAGAGCGUCGAAAGAGUAUCCGAUGACGAAGAUGAAGAAAUCGAAAUUUGUAUUCCGGACGCUUCGGAUGAUUUUGCGCACUCUACACAGAAGGAACCUGACAUGAACGCUGAACAACAAGGUUAUAAACUACUUGAGGAACAGAAAAAUGAGGAAGAGGAGUUGGACGAGAGGAAAGAAGAGGAAGAAGAAAUGGAGGCAAGCUCUCUUUUGUUGUUGUUGUUGUUGUUGUUGUUGUUUUUGUUUUUGUUUUGCUCGUCUAGCCUGUAUUCCAGGAGUAAGUCUCUCCGACUCUAGCGUCAUUUUCGGUUACCGUAUAGGGUUUAGAGAGGGCAUGAAAUUGCAAAUUACUCUGUGGUCAAACAGUUUGCUAGGUUAUAGACAAAGAGAAAUAAAAUUCCAACUGCACGUGCCCGGAUAGACAUUAAAAUUUUGGCUGAAGUUUCUAAUCAUUGAAAAUUAAGUAGUGAAACUUACAGUCAACUCUUUUUGGAUGGUUUGACAGAUUAAACGCUACGAUAUUUGGCCCAUUUCUUUUUUUGUUUUUGUUUUUUUGUUUUUCUUUAGGCUUACGCAAUGAUGCGCUACUUGUAAAAUAUCCGUGCUAAAUCUAUCUAACCAUAAGCCGAAUAUUAUUGGUGUUAUAGGAACAGGUUCAUAGUUUUUUUGACCUUGUUUAGUCAUUUAAGUGACCUUCUAACGUGCGAGUUACCGAACUUGCUUUUCAUACAGUCGUUCAAUCUGGUUUUUUAGGACAACGAAGAAGUCGAGAAUGAAGAAACUGAGAUUCCCGAGGAUGACCAAUACUUCGGCGAUGAAGACGUUUUACCUAUCGAGGAAGAAACACCAGACAUGCCAGACGAAACCCUGCUUAUGCCCAGGAAAGAGAACAGCGUGUCCGUGGUCAGCGGUACUGACAUGGAUGAGUUUGAGGAGGCGUUAGAUGAAGCUCAAAGUAUACGAGGAAGAAGUCCUGAGGGCUUACAUAGCCAUGAUAAGAGACCCUAUAUUCGACCACUGGAAUACGAGGAGAGCGAUUAUGAGAGUGAGUCAAGCGAAGAAAAGCCUCUGUCUGUCAUACAAGAAGAAGACGAGGAAGAUUUGUCCGAGUCAGUUGUUUUCCCGAGCAAUUUCUCACGACAGCAUUCCACUUCCGACGAUUUUCAGAGCGACGAUGACGUCAUGGAUUUACUUGACGAUGACCACGAUCGGGAUGAAACGGCAGUGCAUGGUGUCGACUUCGGAACUGUUCGUAAGAUCUCGCAGAAUGAACGCAAUGCGGUGCUAUCACCCGAAGGUGAAUCAUCGGGUGAUGUAAGCUUUGGAAGAUACUUAGCAAAGAGCGACGAAGAAGGGAACACACCUCUUAAUUCUCAUUACAGACUUCUUGAUAGUAUUGAACUUGAGGAAUCUGAAAGCGGUGGAGUUGAAACCUCAUUCAGUGAAACAGAAGCUGAUCGUGGUGGAAUGGAUCAAAGUUCAACUCCGCUUGAUUACCGCGAUGAGGAGAAUGUUUACUAUAACGAAACAGGGCAGAAUGAAGCUCCUUAUGAUCCCACGAGUGAUCCCUCGGGGAGGGGCAAGGCUCCUCUUCCUGAUCAGGAUUUUGAGGGUGGUAUAACCACAGAGGAGCAAGUCCGUGUGUUUUUAGCACUGUAUGAUUAUGAUCCCUCUACCAUGUCCCCUAAUCCUGAUGCAGAAGAGGAGGAGUUAGCAUUUAAUGAAGGAGAUCUUAUUAAGGUAAUAACUAAACCGACGGGUGCUCUUUACAUUAACUUGUAAACGAUACAUUGUAAUUGUAAUUGUAAUUUCCCAAUUAGUAUGGCAAUAAACCGCAAACGAAUUAGAAAAUUGACCCGUCACAUGGAGGAGAGCAAUAAAAAGAAAAAAAAAGAAACAAAACAAAACAAAAAAAGGUAGUUUAUCUGGGAUUCGAACCACGCAUCAUGUACUUCUGAUGCUCUAGCAAUUUCCUUUGUAAGAAAUAAUUUUUAUACCGGAAAAAAGAAACAAAUGGACUGUUUCGAAAAAAUGUGAGGAAUAAAAGAAAGGAUAUUCGUAGUCGGCAGGAUUCGAACCUGCGCGGGGAGACCCCAAUGGAUUUCUAGUCCAUCGCCUUAACCACUCGGCCACGACUACUCAGAUGAGAAGGAAGGGUAAGUUUGGUGUACUGCCGCGUCCGUUAUGAAUUGCGCAACCAACAUUAUGAGUCUCAUUGUACUUAAGGAUCCUCGAAAGCACAGACGUAAGAAGAAGCUUAUGAAAAGACAGUAAAGUCACAAUAUUUAUGGACGAACCAAGCAACUUGCUCACUUGACGGCAAUACGGCUUUACAGCCAUAGACAGGUUCACGCUUAUAGUUCCAUCAUGGGUAAUCAGGGCAAGAUGGCGGCAAAUUCAAAGAUUUGAAUUGGAAUUCAAAGCCAGCUAAUUCUUCCUGAAUUCAUAUAUUUGAUGCUUUCUUUUUGAAAAGAGUAACUUACGAGUUCAAGGAAACAAUUCACUAAAUCUGCAGUGCAAAAAAGAUCAUUUUUUUCGAAAACCCUGAUUUCUCCCAUACUUUUUCUGUAAUUCGACAGUAUCAAAAUUACAGAAAAUGUAUGGAAAAGUUGAGGUUUUCUAAAAACUGAUCCUAGAGUGUUAUGCACUCCUGAUUCAGCUUAUUGUUUCUUUCAAUUCAUAAGUUACACUUUUCAGAGGAACGUGGCAAAUAUGAAUCCCGGAAGAAUUAGCUGGCUUUGAAUUCCAAUACAAAUCUUUGAAUUUCCCGCCAUCUUGCCCUGAUUACCCAUGAUACAACUAUAAGGAACUGUAUAUGUCGCCUUUUUUUAGCUUGGUAGAGUAAAAUACUCGACCAAAUCAAAGACAGCUAACUUUGGUUAAGUUAUAGAGCGGUUUUCACUUGACUGUCGAAUUGGGAUUGGUUUUGGUUUUGGUUUUGGUUUUACUACGUCCUUUGGUUGGCUAGUGUAUUUACUCUGGUUUUGGUUUUACGACAGUCAAGUGAAAACCGCUCUAAAUAUGCUCAGUUUGCAUUUAAAAAGAAACUCUUUUGAAACUGUUCGUGGGGUUAUGGUGGAUGUUUAAUGGAGAGCAAAUAGUCGAAGUAAGACUUUUUCAGGUCCGCGACCUACUGGGCCAUGUUUGAUAAUCCUUCAGUUGCCGUUGUCGUUCGCGAUCAAAUGUAAACAAUUACUUGGUAAAAUGUAACUAAUUCAAACUAAGUCGUAUUCUUUGGCUAUUAGUCUCAUGAGUCAUCGUGAUAUCUUAUCAGGUUUACGGUGACAAGGAUGAAGACGGUUUCUAUUGGGGUGAAUUGAACGAUAGAGCAGGCUACAUUCCAUUCAACAUGGUGUCAGAAGUGCAGCUUGAAGACGAGGCGACCGGAAGCAAUGUUACCUCACCUUCUAGUUUAAAUCUCACUCAAGAAGUGGCCCAGGUCCCUGAACAGAGCCCCAGCCACGAGGCUGAAGCCGCUUCAGAGUCCACUGGAAACUUGCUUGAUGAAGUUAUUCUUGAAGAAGGCGAGUUUGAUGAUCCUCGAGAAAGCGAAAAUUAUCAGCUUCCACCUAGACGAAUGGUGGCUCUGUUUGAUUAUGAUCCACGAACUUUGUCACCAAAUCCCGACUGCGAGGUGAGGAAUUAUUAGUGUCUUUUUUAAAACGAGGUCUACCUCGCUGGUUUUGGUUUGAACCAGGUGUUGAAUAGUCUGCUACACAGCCGUUUUUAGUGUCGUCACGCAACGUUCCUCCCCACAAAGUUUGUGGGGAGAAACGUUGUGUGACGACACUAAAAACGGCUGUGUAGCAGACUAGGUGUUGAAUUGCGACGUACCUUAAUACAUUCUCAGCAAAGUAUUUAGAACUUGAAAGUUUAUUCAACCUCCCGAAAUUGCGACAAAGUGCUCGGCACUUCCUCAUACUACUCUUUAGCCUCCCGCGCAAACGUUCUUAAGGGUUCGUCACGCGUUCCUACCACACGUGGGAGAGGAAUGAUUGCGUGGCGAACCCGUAAGAACGUUUGCGUGGGAGGCUAACUACUCUUUUGCCUCAAAAGUUUGCCGACGCACUAUUGUUUUAAUAACAGCUUUAGAAAUUGUUACACAACUAGACAGUGCACACAACUACAGUCUAUUAAAGAUAUGAUAAUUGUUUUUAUUUUGUUUUAGGUUGAAUUGAAGUUCAAAGUCGGUGAUGUCAUUUAUGUGUACGGUGGAAUGGAUGAGGACGGGUUCUUUUCGGUAAGUGGAGAAAGCUAAAAUAUCUGGCACAAAAUUAUUGUUAGACGUACGCUUCCGGUUAGUAGCGUUUUCGAAAUUCCCGCCACUUUAUCAGCCAAUCAGAAACAAAUGCGUUUUCGCGCGUGGCGCCGGCUACAAUUAUUUGCUUCUGAUUGGGUCAUUGCAUUGUUUGAGCCUGUUGUGAUUGGCCAAACCAUGGAUAAUAGAAAGACUUUCUAUUAUCCAUGGCCAAACUUGUUACUAUGCUGUAAAGACACCUGUAAUCGAAACUGUUUGGUAACCAACACAGUGUUUUGCGUCUAUGCUUCUAUUUUAUCGAUUGAAUACUAAUUAUCUGCUUUGUGUUCCCUGUAGGGGGAGUUACGUGGAAUUCGUGGUUUGGUUCCGUCGAAUUUCCUUGAGGAUUUGUCUGAUCCACCUGAAACAACGCAAGAAGACUCUAGUCAUAACGACAGCUAUGUAAGUGGGCCUUCGUUCUUCUGUUCUUCCUUCCUCCCUUCCUCCCUUCCUCCCUUCCUCUAUAGACACGCCUACCUUUGUAGUUCUCGUAUUACUGUGAUUUGAUUCGAAAAGACCACCCGCGAAAGCGCGCGAAAAAAACUGCGCGCGCCGCCGUAACUGUUGCCAUGUUGUCUUUGCUAAGUCUGUCUAUUCCCUGUUUCUGAAACGCUCUCAACUGAGGGUAUGAAACGCUGGAGUAUAUUCACUUAAGAUGGAAGGUGACCCAUAGAUAUGCGUCUUCAGUGCUUUUAUUCUGCAGUCGUGGCGAACAGGAAACUAUGAAAGUGGGAACCUGUGUGUACGAAAGACACUAUAGUUUGCUAGUCCGCCUAAGGACUGUGUGUAUUUUACCCUAUGGCACGUUACUCGAAAGCUUUUACUGUACUUAUCUCUCUGUUUCAUUAUUUACUACAGCUGCUGAUUGUUUAGUGGCUUCUGCUGAUCUAACUGCUGCGGGAGACUGUGCUUUCCUCUUUCUGGUAUUUAACUACCCUUCUUGUCUUUCCUCCUUUGCUCAUUCUUGAAUAACAUUAAGAAUAUAUUGAUACUUUUAACCAGCGUAACCAAAGUGGUAAAAAACUUGAAGCGUCUGAGCAUUUUACCGUUCUCUGAGAUGUGUGCCCAAUUUUCCACAGAGCACUGGCCAGGAAAACCUUCUACGAAUAAUGUUAGUACGACUAUGCACGAUACUGUUGCACGUUUUAAUUUUCAGUGAAUAGUUUUUUUACGCGAUCGACGGAUUCACGGAAGAAAUAUUAGAGAAAGGGUAUUAUUGAAAGGAUUAAUCAUCACUAUAAAUAUGCUAUAAACCAAGAACUAUAAACCUUUAUCACUCUAAACUUUUUUAAAAUUUUAUUUUUACGCCAGUAUUUGUUUUGCCUUUGUUGCUGUUUAUUUUAAUCUUUAUUUAUAUAAUUUUUGUCAGAGUUUAACAAACUUUAUCACAGUUUCGUUUCGCCAUGUUCUCACUCUUAUUCUUUUAUCUUAAUCUCCUUUGUUGUUCUUUUCAUUUUGCUCAUUUUUUUUUUUUUUUUUUUGCCUUUUGGUGGUUUUUUCCGUUGGUUAUCUAUUGCCGUGUUCUGUUCUCCACUUACGUGUUAAUUCACAGAACUGAUGUUAGUGUAGACUACGAGGAGACCCUCAUUUUCCACAGCAAAUUUAGAGCGCGCAUAAUACGGGAGCUCACGUGAAAGUCGCGUCCUCCCACCCACCCGCGUGUGAUCUUCGUGGAUGGUAAACCGCGAUCAGGCGUUUUGUUAGAUAAGGAGGGUGGUGGGGGGGGGAGAACGCCCCUCCUUACCAGAAACGGUCAGACAAAGGGAGGGCAUAUGGCCGUGGGUGGCGAUUUUCACAGUGGACUACUCCUGAUCUAUUAUCAGCGUGACUUGGGAUUUUUAAGCGACCAGGAUCCGCUUUUUUCCCCAUACAUCAAAACUACUUAGUUGAACUUAAAGCUGACGAGAAUAAAGAAUAACAUCAUCCAACACCAAAUGGCUUUUUCCUUUAAUAAUUUUGUUUUGCAUAAUUUUCGUAACAAACUUGUUGAGAAAGUUGUGCAUGGUUGCUACAGAUUAGGAAGUAAUAAGUUUCUUCCUGGUCAGAUUAUUGGCCACUGUGAAGUUGCGCGAGAGACGGUCAAAAUUCGUCCCCAAAACAGUCCUACAGUUCAAUUUGACACAACACCGACGAACUCUUAGUAAUAGUCUUAGCCUGUUCUAGGUUUUCAGGUAGUGGAGAGUGGCACGAAAUAGGGAGCGGAGGGAAAGAGGCGGAAGGGAGGAAAAGGGAGAGAGAGGAGGGAGGCUAUCUUACUACUACCAUCACUACUACCACCACCCCUACCAACACCACCACCCCCACCUCCACCCCCUCGCUGUUUUUUCGCGCUCACUUUUCUUAGCGUCGUCCCCACCAUCUGAAUGCCUGUAACAGGCUGUAAUAGUGUUUAAUAGUGCUUUGCUGUAACUUACUGUAAGCUAACUUUGUAUUCCAGGAAUCUCCAUUGGUUUCUGCAGACAAGUACAAUAACGUGAAUGGUACCCAUCAAGUGGCGGCCGAGGAUACUCCCAAGAAAAAGAAAGGAAUCUUAUCUAAAGGAAAACAGAUGUUCAAGAAAAUCGCCAAGGGGCAUAACUCGCCCAGAGGACACAGUUCCAAGAGAUAG